AUGAUAGGCAAAACUUGUAGCGAGGAUGGAAGUAGCUCACCUAUGUCUCUUGAAGAUCCAGAUGAACCAUCUCCUUCACCAAUCAAUCCAAUUACUCUUAAACACACUCUCAGACUUGCUUCAAGAGUAAGUAUUUCAAAUAAUGCAAAUAUUGAAGAAAAAUAUUUUGAAGUAUAUCCUAAUUCAUCUUUGCUGACCGAGUUAGGUGAAACUUUGGAAGCAAUUUCAGUAAAUGAUUUUUCAUUUUCUCCAUCUCCAUUAAAGUUAUCUAAAAUACCCAAAAAUAUGAAAGCUAAUUUUUUAAAAUCAACAAUUAAAAAGAAUAAAAGAAAAAAAGCAAAGAAGUCACAAAAGCAGAGGAAAAACAAUAAUCAGGUGACGAAGUUUGAUCAAAAAACAAAACAAGAAAAUAUUAGAGAAAAAUUAUCAAAUGAGAAUAUCGAAGAAAGUUGUGAAAUAUCAGAUUUAGAUGUUCGUGGAAUUGUUGUUGAAGUUGAGCCUCAAAGUGAUAAUAAAAUUUUAUCGAGCGAAAUGAUAAAUAAUAUUCAACUGAUCGAUGAACAAAAGCCAGAUGCUUCAGAAAAAAUAUCAGCUACUCCAUCAUUUUUAAUUAAAAAAUCAUUUAGUUAUUCGAAGUGGAUAAGAAAAGAAAGUAUUAAAAAUUUUAUUAACAGAUAUAUACCCAGAUUUCUAAUACCUGCAUUUAAGGCGAUAGGAAAUCUGAGGAUAAGAUUUGCAACUCCAACAAAAAAAAUAGAAACUCAACAAGAAAUAAGGUCAAAAAAGGAAAAGGUAAGAAAAAAAAUGAAACUUAAAGGGAAAUAA